AUGCCACGCCGUCUGUCAUUCUCUCGCCAAAGCUCCCCGCCGACCCCGGAUGGGGGUCACUCGAAACGUCCUCGCCCACUGGCUGAUGUGGAUGGUGAGGGUUCGGGAGGCCAGCAGAAAAAGAAACGUCGUCUGCGUCUCGUUCUCGUCACCUCCCGACUCAGCUCGCCGUUCUCCUCACCCCCAACUCAUAUCGUCGCUCGGGGCUCGUCAAAGAUUGCUAUAUGGGCUAAGCAGAAGGCGCUAGGUCGUAGUUUGUUAAGGAAGGCUGCCAUUAUGAACCGGAUUCGAAAACACGCCCGAGCCAGCUGCAACAAAGAUCCGAGCCAGCUCUACAUAGUGAGACAGAUGAUUAUUUUUUUCAGCCGUUCUAAUUCAUUUUGUGGAACUGCUGAAUCCGCACUGUGCACGAACCCUCCGGCCCCCCGGGACAGUUCUACAUGGACAACUGGGGAAUGCCGAAGAGCUACGAGCCCGUCCAAUUUGCGGAACGAACAUUUACCACCAUGUAAUUCUCCGUCACCGCCGUCCACCCCACGUCGCCAAUAUAUUCCGCUGCCCCCAUCGCCUUUAUAUUUAACAAAUUAUGAUAUUUUCGAUAACGAAGAUGGAUACUUUGAUAGUGACAGUGAUACAGAGACAGAAGGCGACGGAAGGAACAGUCGAGUAUACAGUGAUUUCAACAUUCUAGAGCCUUCUGAGCCGGUUCUCGAUGAUCACGAUGCGAUUGCUAGUUUUGACAGUCUCACUUUUGGCUCCCAGUUCCUAUUGACGGAAAUGCUCACAGAAGAUGAAAAAUCAAUUGGGAUUCGUUUGGAACAAAAACGACAAAAGGAAAUACGUUUAGCGUAUGCCUAUUUGGUUUUCAUUCAAGAUCGCACCAAGUUGCCCGAACGUCUGCCAGAAACCCAUUCAAUGCUUUUUCCAGGUCUAUUUACACCGUUGCGGCGACACCUGGAGUUCCUACAUUUUCUUCCAAUCGACACUUGGAGCAAUGCCAAUAUCAAUGGAAUCUUUGUGUCACCGUUUUCCUAUCGCCUUUUCACCAACUCCUCCUCUCGCCGUUCCCUCCCGGCCUUAUAG